GGGCAUUAGCAGUUCUUUUGGUUGUGGUGUUGUAGUUUGUUGGUUAUCACUGAAACUAUCUCACAUCCAUGUGAUCGGAGGCCACUAUUGAUUCACCGCAAAACUCAAACGUUGAGUAUGAAAUGGCUCUAGAACCCGUGAUUUCUGCCAUAAAAUCUGUUUCCCAAAAGAUCCAGUUGCUCCAAAUCCACGCUCACAUUAUACGCACAAACCUCAUUCAAUACCCCCCAGUUUCUAUUCAGUUCUUGUCCCGUAUAGCUCUCUCUGGUCCAUUGCAAGAUGCCAACUAUUCCCACCGUUUUUUUGAGCAACUCACCCACCCCUUGAUUUUUCAUUACAACACAAUGAUCAGAGCCUGUUCCACGAGUGAUUCCCCGCGAAAGGGUCUCCUUUUAUAUCGAGAUAUGAGAAGAAGAGGCAUUGCUGCAGACCCUUUAUCGGCUUCCUUUGCUGUUAAGUCUUGUAUUAGGCUUCUGUAUCUUCUUGGAGGGAUUCAGGUUCAUUGCAACAUAUUCAAAGAUGGGCACCAAUGGGAUACCCUUUUGCUCACCGCUGUCAUGGACCUGUAUUCGCAAUGCCGGAGUGGUGGUGAUGCGUGCAAGGUGUUCGAUGAGAUGCCUCAAAGGGACACUGUUGCUUGGAAUGUGAUGAUCUCUUGCUGUGUUCGAAAUAAUAGGACUCGGGACGCUUUGAGUUUGUUUGAUGUUAUGCAGGGUUCGAGCGAUAAAUGUGAGCCUGAUGAUGUUACUUGUUUGCUUCUUCUUCAGGCUUGUGCUCAUUUGAAUGCCUUGGAAUUUGGUGAACGAAUUCAUGGCUAUAUAAUAGAGCGUGGUUAUGGUGAUGCUCCCAAUUUAUCAAAUGCACUCAUCUCUAUGUAUUCACGUUGUGGUUGUCUAGAGAAGGCUUAUGAGAUUUUUAAGAGAACAGGAAAUAAAAGUGUGGUUUCGUGGAGUGCUAUGAUCUCUGGUUUGGCAAUGAAUGGAUAUGGAAGGGAAGCUAUUGAGGCAUUUGAAGAGAUGCUGAGAAUUGGCAUUCAGCCGGAUGAUCAGACAUUCACGGGUGUCCUUUCUGCUUGCAGUCAUUCUGGAAUGGUUGAUGAGGGAAUGUCAGUUUUUGACCGUAUGAACACAGAGUUUGGAAUAACUCCCAACGUUCAUCACUAUGGGUGCAUGGUUGAUCUCUUGGGCCGUGUUGGCCUGCUUGAUAAGGCUUAUCAGCUUAUUAUGUCAAUGGUAGUGAAGCCAGAUUCCAAAAUAUGGAGGACUUUGCUUGGGGCUUGUAGGAUUCAUGGCCAUGUUACACUUGGUGAACAAGUAAUUGGGCAUUUGAUUGAAUUGAAAGCUCAAGAAGCUGGGGAUUACGUUUUACUUUUGAAUAUUUAUUCUUCAGCUGGACACUGGGAAAAGGUAGCAGAAGUGAGGAAAUUGAUGAAAGAUAAAGCAAUCCGAACAACCCCAGGUUGCAGCACAAUCGAAUUGAAAGGAGUAGUACACGAGUUUGUUGUGGACGACAUUUCACAUUCAAAAAAUCGUUUGAUUUAUGAGAAGCUAGAUGAGAUUAAUCAUCAGCUGAGGAUUGCAGGUUAUGUUGUUGAACUUUCAUCUGAGUUACAUAAGAUGAAUGACAAAGAAAAGGGGUAUGUGCUCUCACAUCACAGUGAAAAAUUGGCUGUUGCUUUCGGGGUUCUUGCAACUCCACCUGGCACAACACUAAGAGUGGCCAGUAAUAUCCGUAUAUGUGUUGACUGCCACAAUUUUCUAAAACUUUUUUCUGGGGUUUACAACCGUGAUGUAUUUCUUAGGGACCAUAAUCGAUUUCACCACUUUAGGGGAGGGCACUGCUCAUGUAACGAUUAUUGGUAGGGAAAUUAUUUGCAGAUGAUAAAUGUGUCAUGUCGAGCGCCGAGUGUUACUGUACUGAAAUUAUUCCCAAGGGAAACUAAAUGUAGAAUUGCUAAUUUUACGGCUGGUUAUUUGUAGAAACUUGGUGAAAUAUUGGCUUAAUUGAAAUGCAACCAUAAAUACAAACUACCCAACAGGCAUUAACUGCAUUGCUAGUGUGGAUCAGUUAAGGUUCAGAUAACCAUUGCCUUUAUUCCAGUAUCAUUUCAUGGCACCGCAGCACCUGUUAGUACCACGGUCUCAGCUGAUUGUUUCUGAAGCUUAUGGAUAGACUAUUCGAGGACGAUCCUGCUGGACACGAUAUCAGACACCUAACAAACACCGGUGACCUGCAAAACAUCAAAUCUGCUACCCGGCAAAUUUGUUGUUGGGAUGAGAUUUUUUGUUUUUAAGCUUUUGGAGAACUUUUUCUUAUAUUGAAGAUCAAUUGAAACAGUACACUGAGCUAUAGUCAUUUGACCUAAGAGAGGGUAGGUUCGUCCUGUAUAAUACGUCGAUUUUGCUUGACAUUGGCAUUCCUCGAAGUGCUGACAAGGUUACAAUCACUGCUAACUGGAUCAACUCUGACCAUACAGCUUUUGUCCAUUCAAAAUAUAUUAAG